CAGUCGCCACGCCACACUGACAUAGCGAGCUGAUAACAAACUAUUGAUAUUGUGUUGUUUUAUUGGACAAGUGUUUUAUUAACAUUUGUGUUGAAUGUGAUGUGUUGUGAUGUUGAUAAUGACUCUAUGUGAUUUAACCAGCUCUACACGUUAAAGUUUUGAGAUCGAGUAAUGCAUUUUGCAUUAACAUUAUACAAUUUGGAUAGAACAGUUCGUCUAAAGAAAGUCACAUGUUAAUGAAAAUGCUAGCACAUGCUGCGAAAAGAAAGACUAAUUCGAGAUACUAAUGAGUUCCACUUGAUUUGUUGACACCGGCAGCGAUGCAAGAGAUAUGCAACACCGCGCUGCCGCUCGACAGUAACCCUUUGGUGCGCAAAAUAAAAUGCGAAGAGUUUCCUGUCAGAGGAAAGCAGCAGACGAGAAUUGGUAUGGGGGUGCGAGAUGAGAUGGAAGAGGAGUUCGCAGUGAAGACGAGGAAUACUCCACCGAUGGGGCCAGCACCUGGACAGGAACAUCGAAUGGAACAUGGUGGAAAUGGUUUCUGGCUGGCUGCGGUCACGGCAGCUGGAGCUCCUCAUCCUAUGCUCGAAACCUGUACGGAAACUGGUUUCAUCAAUAGCCAACCCUCUAUGGCAGAAUUUAUGACCGCACUUCCCCAGUUGGGAGGAGGUGAACUCAGCCCUCAACACACACCACCAGGUUAUGCACCCGAUCUUCCGUCCCCAGGCGGCGGCCUCAAUGUUCCCGAAUAUCCAUGGAUGAAAGAAAAGAAAACAACGAGAAAGAGCAGUCAGCAAGAAAAUGGCUUGCCUCGUAGGCUGCGCACAGCUUACACAAAUACUCAGCUGUUGGAAUUGGAGAAGGAAUUUCACUUCAACAAGUAUCUGUGCAGGCCGCGAAGAAUUGAGAUUGCUGCGUCCCUUGACCUUACUGAGAGACAGGUUAAAGUAUGGUUUCAAAACCGACGAAUGAAACACAAACGACAAACGUUAAGCAAAAGCGAAGACGGCGAUGAUAAGGACUCCACUACUUCCGAGGGUGGCAAGAGUUCUAAAACAGGUUUGGAAAAAUUCCUUGAUGACGACGGUCCUCUAUCGGGCAAGAAGAGUUGUCAAGGAUGUGAACUGCCACCAGGUGCUCUAUGCUCUCCUACUGAAGAUCUUCCAGAGUUGACAUCCCGAACAAGAAAUAAUAAUACUCCAAGCGCAACCAAUAACAAUAGCUUUGGGAGUGACGGUGCUUCUAGUGUUGCUUCAUCUUCUUCGCUUGAUAAACUCGCAGAAGAAGACUCCCGAGAAGGUCCACCUCCGGUUAACGCUGUUAAUGUACCUAGGAAUCUAGCGAAAAGAAUUAAGCAGGAAUCAAGGAAGCGAUCUCCAUCAUUAGACGCCACAGGAUGUAAAGUGUCUCCAUCGUCUUCUAAAGAGGGCCUUAUAGGAGUUACGGGUUUACCAGAUGGCAAAUUCUCAUCAGUAAACUUAACACCAUCAUCUACCCCCGGCACACCGUCUAGUAUGCAUCAAAGUCCACUCGGAGCAUAUCCCAGGCCCUCACCCCCACACGCACCUGGAGCUCCUUUGACACAAACCGUACCUAAUGCGAUACCACCAUAUGUAAUUAGAGGCAAUGCACCUCCAGGUCAAUUUGUACCUCACCCCGACUUUCGCAUGGAAACAAAACAAUUCGUCGGUAAACUCGCCCAGUACCCGCAAAAUAACAGAUCAUAUGAAGCUUACUCAGCGCUACAAGGUAGCGACCAUCAUAUAUAUCCAGGACGUAACCAGCAGCAUUCAAGGCAAGAUGGAUCUCCGACUUCAAGAGCAACUAACGGCAUUGGUUCUAGACAAUCUUAUCCUCACGAAAUGUAUCAGAACUAUGCUUAUACUGGAUACGGAAAAGAUCAGACCGGGUAUGGUCAUCCCGGUUACGAUCAAGGUCAAAGUUACCCAGCCGAAAUGGGCUACCCAAAUAGCCAUUACGGAUACCACUACCACGAAAGUGGACAGCACGACCACGGCCACGGAUACUUCAGCAGCGAAGGACAGAAGAACAUGCACGGCCACGAAUAUUCAAAGAAUUAUUACGACACAAACUCUUACAAUCAACAAGGGAGUACACAACCCAGUUAUGGUCCCAACAACCCGCAAGGCGAAGGUUACACAGGAACAGCUGAGUGCGGGGAGGGUUACGGAUCUUUUCAACAAUUCUAUGAAGCGACUCACGCUACACCCGCGACCGGAGAAAACUCUAAUUCCUCGUCAGACUUCCACUUUCUAAGCAAUCUGGCUAACGACUUUGCUCCCGAAUAUUACACCAUUUGAGACAAGGAUUUCGCUGAACAAGCGAGUGAUCUCUUCGUGUAACACCAACAACGUAAUACGUUCAAUGUUAUGUAAAUAUAUAUCGUUUAGUGUAAAAGGUUAUGGUGUUUAAAAUAAACUGGAAACCGCCUAAGGCUACAGAUAUUUGGACUGCUUGGUUCAUUCUUAAUAUAUGUUUCAUAUAAGCUGCGCUAUUCUGUACUCAAUGUAAUAAAAUGUACAUAACUUUGUAGCUAAAUACUACCUAUAUUAUUUUCAAUAGAUUAAUAAAUUUCAAUAUUUACUGUAAUGUUUCUAUAUGCUGUCUGUCAGUGUGGAAUGGUGACUAUGAAUUUGUUAAUCAAAGUUUUCUAAUUAACCUUAAUAUCUGUAACAAUUGAUAAGACCGAAGUUAUUUUUUUUUUUUCUAAUAUAUCUACUUACUAAUCUCAGGAAAUACUCAUUUGAUACAUAGCUGGUAAACAAAGUAUACAUAAAAUAAAUUAUUUAACAUUCACACAUUUCAAAAGUUCUCAUUCUGAUCUCAAAGGUUUCGAUGCCUUAUAAACAAUCAGUAUGUUCUAAAUUAUAUUAUGAAUAAUUAAUUAUUUAUUGUACACAAUCUUAAAAAUUAUAGGAACUUAAAAAUGUAAAUUAAACAUUAUAGUGUAUAAAUUAAAAUACCCAAUGUAUUAAAAUACCUUUUCACGUGUUCAUUGUUAAUAAAUAUUGCAAAUUUCAUUAAAAUUGAUUUUUAAUACUUAUUAUAGAUAUUCUUUUUUUAAAUGUUAAGUAAUAGUCGUUGCCUUAUUAAGUUCAUAUUGUUUUAUGAAUAUGGAACAUAUUGUAGAUACAUUGUAAGUUAGUUUAUUAAGCGACUUUAUUGUAGAUAUGAGCGCGAUCGUUUUGGCCUAUUGAAAAUAAAUAAUUUGGUGUCGCAA